CAUGAUGAGACUAUCCGAACGAUAUGUAGUUCCUUAUAUCCAACGGCUUUGUGUAGUAUUUCCUAGUUCCUAGUAGUAAUAUCUUGAUAUUUUUGGAAAAAUAGAAAUCAGAAAAAAUAGACAAUAUGGCCCGAAUCCCACCCCCUGGCGUCUACGUUCCGUCGCCGACGUUUUUCAAACCUCUUAUCUCGGGCGCACAUCAGGCCGAGGUUGAUGUCGCGACACAAGCGGAACACAGCGUAUUUUUGGCCAAAAAUGGAGUCCACGGAUUGGUUCUUCUCGGAUCUACAGGCGAAGCUGUGCACCUAAGCCGGGCGGAACGGCGAGGUCUACUCGGCGGGGUCCGUAAGGGGCUUGACGAUGCCGGGUUUCCCGAUUACCCCAUAAUGGCUGGAGUGCUCGUAAAUGCUGUCGACGAAGCUCUAGAAUGGCUGCAGGAUUCGAAAGAUGUUGGGUGCCAAUGGGGUCUGGUUCUGGCACCAGGAUAUUUUGGUGGCGCAGCUUCGCAGCAGGGACUCAUAGAAUGGUACACUACAGUUGCCGACAAGAGCCCAAUUCCCAUCUUAAUUUAUAACUAUCCGGGAGUGACAAAUGGGCUUACGGUAACCCCUGAAACAUACGAAAAACUAGCCAGCCACCCAAACAUAGUUGGAUGCAAGAUGUCUCACGGAAAUGUAUCAUACCACGUUCAGGUAUCAACGUCGCCAGUAAUCGAUCACGAGAAGUUUCAAGUCUUUAGCGGUUUCGGCCAACAGCUUGGUCCUAUUGUUGUUUUCAACGCCGCCGGAGUUAUCGAUGGACUGGCUUCGUUUUUCCCCAAAACCGUGGUGCGAUUAUUUGAGCUUGUCAGUAAGCGACCAAUCGAUGAUGCUGCAAUUAAAGAAGCUAGGGUUCUCCAAUAUCGGGUAAGUCGAGCCGAAGACUUCAUCGGCCGAUGGGGUAUCUUGGGAAUUCGGGAAGGCAUUUACCGCGUUGCUGGCCUAGGCAACCUAGAAGGAGGACGAGCGCCACUGAGAGGGAAGAUUCCUGAGGGUGCAUGGGAGGAAUGGACAAGUGUCAUGAAAGCGAUGUCUGAAUCAUAGGUACCUGUAUAUAUAUGUACAGUUAUGCUGUCUUAAUAUUUCUAUCCUCAACCCCUGAAUAGGUAUGCUUAUAUAAGCAUAUCAAAGGGAAGUUUAGUCAGCCCAUGUGCUGAGUCAUUGCACUGUUCCAAUGCCUUCUGUGCAAAAUAGAAGGCAGAAUUUGAGAUUGAACGGACU